AUGCCGGGCGCGGCGGAGCGCGGCGCGGAGCUGCGGGAGCAGAUGGACGCCUUCGUGGCGCGGCUGCGGGGCGGCGGCGGGCGGCCGCGCUCCGAGGACACGGCGCGGCACACGCUGGCGCUGCUGCGGAAGAUCAUCGCGCACGGCCACUGGGGCUCGGCCGGGGAGCUGAUGGAGCUGAUCCGGGCGGAGGGCCGGAGGAUGGCGGCAGCCCAGCCGUCAGAGACCACCGUGGGCAACAUGGUGCGGCGAGUGCUGAAGGUCAUCCGGGAGGAGUACGGCAGGCUUCGUGGGCGCAGCGAGGAAAGCGACCAGCAAGAAUCCCUGCACAAACUUCUGACUUCUGGAGGACUGAAUGAGGAUUUCAACACCUCCUACCCUACCCUCAAAGCUAACGUUAUUGAAGCUAUUAACGAGCUGCUAAUAGAGCUAGAGGGCACCACCGAUAACAUCGCUAUGCAGGCACUGGAGCACAUCCACUCCAACGAGGUGAUCAUGACCAUUGGCUACUCUCGCACUGUUGAGGCCUUCCUGAAGGAGGCUGCCCGCAAGCGGAAAUUCCAGGUCAUCGUGGCGGAGUGCGCGCCUUUCUGCCAGGGUCACGAAAUGGCGGUCCGACUGUCUAAAGAGAACAUCGAGACUACUGUCAUGAGCGAUGCAGCUAUUUUUGCUGUCAUGUCUCGAGUCAACAAGGUCAUCAUUGGUACAAAGACAAUCCUGGCCAAUGGUGCGCUGAUCGCCGUGAGCGGGACUCACACCCUGGCGCUGGCAGCGAAACACCACUCCACCCCGCUCAUCGUGUGUGCCCCCAUGUUCAAGCUCUCGCCGCAGUUCCCUAAUGAAGAAGAUUCAUUCCACAAGUUUGUGUCACCACAGGAAGUGCUGCCAUUCACAGAAGGGGAGAUCCUGGCAAAGAUCAAUGUUCACUGCCCAGUGUUUGACUACGUCCCGCCAGAGCUCAUUACUCUCUUCAUUUCUAACAUCGGGGGAAAUGCACCUUCCUAUAUCUACCGCCUCAUGAGUGAACUCUACCACCCAGAUGACUACGAACUCUAAUGCCAAGAAGCACGUCUGUCACUCUCCAGACUUUUCCCAUCUUUCUAAAGAGAAAGAUGCAUCACCUAAUUAAAGCCUGCGUUGCAAAGAUGAGUUGCUGUGGGGAAUCUGCUCAGUGCAGUGUCUUUCCUACCAGAAAGACCGGAAGACAGAUCGCUUGUACAGGUUUUGACCCCUCUGCUGUUACAAGUCACACGGAGCUGCUAACCAACUUCAAUUUUGAAAUAGCAGGACAUCCAAGUCACUCUCUGGGGCAGCUAAGCUGUUAUUUCAAGGUGUGCUGUAAUAAAGGCUGUUCACAGUGACCUCAUGGUUAAUCAUGUUUCCACGCAGAAUUAGUUUGUUUCCAUAACUAGCAGCAGUCUUACCAGUUUAGUGAGCUACCUGCACCUAUGCUGCAGUGGGAAGCUUAAGGUGUGCUUUUGCCUACGAAUGUAAUAGAAAUCCAUUAGUAAUGCGCUUCAAAACUGAGCGUUUUUGUAGAAUUUUCUGCCAAUUUUUGAGUUACUGAAAUACAACCCAGCUUUUUUAACAUGCUGGAAUAGAAAUUCCUUUCUCGAUGAAAGGCAGACUUCCAGGAGUCCUGUCAGUAAGCUUGCUCGUCUCUGCAUCACAAGGCAGAGCUCAAGCUCUUGCUUUACUUAGUGGAGUCUGAGGGGCUUCCUUCCCACUUGCUGCUGGGUGACUGGGAUCAUUCUUCUCAGGCAGACAUCUUGUUCUGAAAGCUCUUACUUUCUGUGAGGGGGAGCAGAUGUAAAUACCUGAUUUAUUUUUUUUAAACUAGAUUUUAACACAGAACAAGGAUGUCUGUGAUUUAAAUAAAAGGCAUCUCUUACUGCUCUGAAAUCUCUUUUCUAGCCUAGGCUGAGAUACCAAAUAAAACAGGAACAUGUUCAAAAAAAAAAAACCUGCCUACUGUUAGUAAUGCCAUGAGCUAUUUAGUUCUUUCUGUGGAGGUAUGUUUCUGUGAAAGUGGGGCUAUGCUAGGAUUUAGAAAUCUAUUACUCAAGAAUGCAAACUGCAGGGAGAUAGAGAAAACAGCUGGGUGUGUCAUUGACUGCCUCCUUAAGUAGAGACACUUUUUGAUCCCAAGUGGGUUUGUAUUUACUAUGAAGCCGGUCAGUCCUCAUUCCAACCACUGUCAGGAGCCCACAGAAAUAGUGUUAAUUUUAUUAAUAAAUACCUCCUCAAUUUCAAAGCACUAUAAAAUCCAUUAAUUAAAAGUCUCUUCUCUAUUAUGCAGAAUCCUGCUGUGCUUGCAGUAACAGUGGCCGCAACUCGCCCUUGAUAGUCAAGCAGUGACGUGACCCAGGUUUACAAGACAGUUCCUUAACAUUGAAGAUGCUUCUCCAGGUUUCAGGGCUGGGCUUCUGCUGUGUUCCCCUGGCUGCUCUCUGCUUCCUAGGUCAGUACUUUUUUUUGGUUAGGGUCUUUGCUUCCAAAUAGGUGCCAUGCUCGAACCAUCUUCCGCAGUCUAGCCAAAUUAGGUUUAGGCUGGGAGGAAAAGUAUUAAGAACAACUAAAUCAUAACUAAAUCAACUUCAGUGCCUCCGUGCUCUUUGCCCUAAAACAGACCUUCCCAGUUCUUGUCAUAUCUAAUUCAAAGUCCCACAUGACUUCCAACAGAAUCUAAUUUAAUAACCUAAUAUAGUAUAGUAUUCUUAGGAGGUUUUUUUUUUCAAUUUUAAAUAAAUGUUGCUAUUUCUUUG